AUGGGGCAGACAGACAUAGCCCUCAUACAGGAACCUUGGAUCCACAAGGAACGUCGGUUAAGGUUAAACUUAACCUCGGGGGGGAAUACGUCAGAGCUGGUGGUAUGCUCGGCGUACCUGCCGUACGACUCGGAGGACCCUCCACCUACGAGGGAACUUAGAGCCCUGAUAGAUCACUGUGCGGUCAAUGGUCUGCACCUGGUGAUCGGCUGCGACGCCAACUCGCACUACACCGUAUGGGGCAGCACAAACACCAACGGCAGAGGCACAGCACUGCUGGAAUACCACGCCACCACGGGCCUGGAGAUCCUUAACAUAGGCUCCUCCCCCACCUUUGUCACCUCCCGUAGACAGGAGGUGAUUGAUCUGACCCUAGGCUCUGCCAAGGUGACACAGGUCAUCAAACACUGGAAGGUACGGGACGAGAGCACACUCUCGGACCACCGCCUUAUCACUUUUGAUUUAAAAGACGACAGGGAGGGCGGAACUGGUGAGGCCUACAGGAACCCAAAGGUCACCAACUGGGCACUCUAUAAAGAGGGCCUGGAAGGGAGGCUAAUGGGGAACUGUCAGCGUCCCAGGACCGUAGGCGAAAUUGAGCAAGCGGUGGAGCAUCUGAGCUCUGCCAUCACUCAAGCCUACGAGGCUGCCUGCCCGGCAAAAUCAGAAACAGUAGCAAAAGGGUUCCCUGGUGGAACAAGAAAUUGGACCAAGCCAGGAAGGACACCCGCAAACUACUGA